CCUCCAUAUAAGGCAUUAUGUUUGUUGCCCAGGACUUUACUGGAGUACACAUUGCAUGUAUCCGGGAUGCCUUGAAGCAGCUUGGAAAGGAUCCUAACAAGAUAAAUCCACUGGUUCCGGUAGAUCUUGUCGUUGAUCAUUCAGUCCAGGUUGAUGUAGCAAGAACUGAAAAUGCACUAAGGGAAAAUAUGGAACUUGAAUUUGAGAGGAAUAAAGAGAGAUUUGCUUUCCUCAAAUGGGGAGCAUCUGCUUUUCAUAACAUGCUCGUUGUACCUCCCGGUUGUGGAAUUGUCCAUCAGGUUAAUUUGGAAUUCCUUGGAAGGGUUGUUUUUAACACCAAUGGAAUUCUAUACCCUGACAGUGUGUUUGGUACUGAUUCCCACACAACCAUGAUUGAUGGAUUAGGAGUUGCGGGCUGGGUUGUCGGUGGGAUUGAAGCUGAGGCAGCCAUGCUUGGUCAGCCCAUAUGCAUGUUGUUGCCUGGUGUUGUUGGGUUCAAGCUUACUGGGAAACUGCGUGACGGUGUUACUGCUACAGAUUUGGUUUUAACUGUCACACAAAUGUUGAAGAAAAAUGGUGUUGUUGGCAAGUUUGUUGAGUUCUACGGUGAAGGGAUGGGUGAGUUAUCACCUGCUGAUAGGGCCACUGUUGCAAACAUGUCUCCUGAAUAUGGAGCAACCAUGGGCUUCUUCCCAGUAGGUAAUGUUACAUUGCAGUAUCUUGAAUUAACCGGGAGAAGUAAUAAGACGGUGAAGCUCCUUCAUGUUAGAUUGCGCGCAAACAAAAUGUUUGUAGACUACAAUGAGCCUCGACAAGAAAGGGCAUACACAUCCUAUCUGCAGUUGGACCUUGCAGAUGUUGAACCCUGUGUUUCCGGACCAAAGCGACCUCAUGACCGAGUACCUUUGAAAGAUGUGAAGGCAGACUGGCAUGCAGGUUUAGAUAAAAAAAGUGGAUUCAAGGGGUUUGCUGUACCAAAGGAAGAACAAGGUAAAGUCGAAAAGUUUUCAUUCCACGGACAACCUGCUGAGCUCAGGCAUGGUAGCGUCGUCAUUGCAGCAAUUACAAGUUGCACAAUCACAUCCAAUCCCACUGUCAUGGUUGGAGUUGGACUUGUAGCAAAGAAAGCUAGUGAACUAGGUUUGGAGGUACAGCCAUGGAUUAAAACAAGUCUUGCUCCUGGUUCUAGGGUUGUGACAGAAUAUCUGCUUCAGAGUGGCCUGCUGAAGUACUUGAACCAGCUGGGUUUCAAUGUUGUUGGCUACGGCUGCACCACAUGUAUUGGGAAUUCUGGAGAACUUGAUUAAUCUGUUGCUUCAGCAAUUUCUUCCGAGAAUGACAUUGUUGCUGUAGCUGUUCUAUCUGGAAACAGAAAUUUCCAAGGCCGUAGUCACCGGCUGACAAGAACUAAUUAUCUUGCUUCCCCUCCUUUGGUUGUUGCCUAUGCGCUUGCUGGCACGGUUGACAUUGAUUUUGAUACAGAGCCAGUUGGAAUAGGGAAGGAUGGGAAGAGUGUAUACUUCAAGGAUAUAUGGCCUAGUAAUGAAGAAAUUGCACAGCUCGUUCAAUCUAGUGUCUUACCUGACAUGUUCAAGAGCAUGUAUGAGGGCAUUACGAAGGGCAAUCCUUUGUGGAACCAGCUCUCCGUUCCUUCUUCGACUCUUUUUCCUUGGGAUGUGAACUCGACAUACAUUCAUGAGCCCCCAUACUUCAAGGACAUGAGCAAGGCCCCGCCAGGUCCUCAUGGCGUAAGGGAUGCCUAUUGUUUGCUAAACCUCGGUGACAGUAUAAUCACGGACCAUAUUUCUACAUGUGGGAACAUCCACAAGGACAGCCCUACUGCAAAGUAUCUCCUUAAGGUUGGGGUGGGACGCAAAGAUUUCAAUUCCUACGGGAGUUGCCGAGGCAAUGAUGAGGUAAUGACACGAGGAACGUUUGCCAACAUCCGCAUUGUGAACAAACUUUAUGGUGAAGUCGGUCCAAAGACAAUCCACAUUCCAACAGGGGAGAAACUUCAUGUUUACGACGCAGCAAUGAAGUACAAGGCUGCUGAGCAGAGCACCAUUGUGUCGGCUGGAGCAGAUUAUGGAAGCGGCAGCGCUCGAGAUUGGGCUGCCAAGGGUCCAAUGCUACAGGGAGUGAAAGCAGUCAUUGCGAAAAGCUUUGAAAGAAUUCAUCGUAGUAAUCUGGUAGGGAUGGGAAUCAUUCCGCUCUCUUUCAAGCCAGGUGAGGAUGCAGACACGCUUGGUCUAACCGGUCACAAGCGCUGCACAAUAGAGCUUCCUCGUGACAUUAGUGAGAUAAAGCCUGGCCAGGAUGUUAAGGUCACAACUGACAAUGCAAAAUCGUUUACACUGCACACUCCUUUCGACACAAAGGUUGAGUUAGCAUAUUUUGACCACGGCGGCAUUCUUCCAUACGUCAUUCGAAACAUGAUUAAAUAGCAAGCUUUUGAGCUUUUGGAUCUGCAGCCUCUCUCGCCUAUGAACUUGUCUCAGUUCAACUUUGGUUUUUUCUUUUUUGUUGGAUACCAUAUUAACAGAAUGAAUGAAUAUUUAUGUGUUAGUAACAGAAUAAAGGCCAGAAAUGUCAAUUAGUCAUUAGCACUGUUAA